AUGGACCACGACCGCGCUGAGGGUGAAGGCGUUGCUCCACAGGAGUACACUGCAAUCAAGAUAGAGCUGCUGGAGUGGACUCCAGACAUGCAGAAGAAGUUCAAGAAAGGAAGCAAGGACACUUGGAUCGACCUAGCACAUUUGGCUGAGUCGGAGCAAUUUUUGCACGUCCAAGCUGAGGACAUUUUGAUGCCCUGGGGAAAGCCCAAGUGCGUCAUGGAGGUCUCCGGCGUCUUGGCAGAAGUUACCUACCUUUCCCAAAAGGUGCUGGCAAGUUCGAGAGUGAUGCUUUGGGCUUACCGCAGCUUUGGAGGGGUCUUGAUGGGUGCCGAGGUUGCCGCUCCAACGACAAAGUAUGAGUUCGUGCAUAUUUUGCCACUGCCGACCAUCAAGAUGGACAAGGGGACAGGAAUCGUGACCAGUGUGCCCAGUGACUCACCUGAUGACUUCGCUGCCUACAUGGAUCUCAUGAAGUCAGACAAGAAGCGCGAGUACUAUGGAGUAAAGAAAGAAUGGGUGGAGCCCUUCGAUCUGAUCCCCAUCAUUGAUGUCGAAAUUGAUGGCGAAGUUCGAGCCAUGGCUGCUCAGUAUGUGUGUGAAAAGCUUGGGGUGCAGUCCAUCAACGAUCGCGUAAAGCUGGCAGAAGCUCAUGACACAUGCUACAAGCUGGGUUUCGAUAAAGGCAUCAUGUCGCUGGGGCCAUUCAAGGGUCAGCCAGUCAAGUGCUUUGGAUGCAGCAAACUGCUGUUGGCAACCAACCUGAACUGCCUUAACUUGCUUCGUGCACCGAGGAAAGCCAAGUUUGAAUUCCGAACUGCCAGUUUCUCAGACUCAGCUGGAUAG